UUGGGGAACAUAUCAAUUCUUGCUUCAAUGUGUGACAGAGUCAAGAGAGGGGUCUUUUCAGAAAUAGAUAGAAAAUGAACAUGAUCAGGACAUCACUCACAUGAAAUUAUUGAAGAGGGCAGUAUGAAGAAAUGAAUUAAUCAUGGCUUACAACAUCCCAGAAAAUAUGAACAUAGGGAUUUACACGGGGCAGCCAUUGCCCCAGAACAUUAUGAUAGCCCAGCACAAUCCACAGGGCUCAUCUCAUACUCAGUCUCUUGGCUUACCCACACGCUCAAGUGAGCUGCACUCGGUAUCAACGACCCACUUCACUCACACCAAAACACCAGGGUACAUAAUGGUUCCCACUAACAGUAUCCCACGAACAACUCUGAAAACCAGCACCACUAGUUCUGAAACCAAGCUCAUGAAACCUCAGAUUCUGGAAAAAAUGAGAGCAUUGAGAGACAGGGGAAAGUACUGUGAUCUGGCCAUUGAUGUGAAAGGAGUCCGAUUUCAUGCUCACCGAAAUAUAUUGGCCGCUUGGAGUCCAUACUUUGAUUGCCAGCUUCUAAGCGAGAAUAAUGUGAUGAGGGAUCUGUUGAUUGUGAAUUAUGACAGUUACGAGGUCUUCUCGGAUUUGUUGGACUUUCUAUACUCUGGUACAAUUGCUCCCAGGGAGACGAAUUUUCUGCAGCUUCUUCACUUGGCAGUGAGCUUUCAGAUAGAUCUUCUGAAACACUACUGUGAAGAAUUUUUGAGAAGUAACCUACAUUUGGGAAAUUUUCUGAGCACCUAUUUCUUGUCCAGAAAGUACAACCUGAAGUCCUUGGAGGAGUUCAUUGUAAGCUUUAUCCAGGCAAACUUAUCUGAUGUUGUGAAACAGAAUGAAUUCCUAACUCUUCCAGCAGAUCGCUUCAAUGCAAUUCUAUCAAAAGGCUACAUGGUGGAUCUCAAGCCCGAAAUCAAACUCUUCCUUAUCAUAAGCUGGGUGGGGUACGAGGUUCGAGAUCGGGAGUGUUUUCUCAUCCAGCUGUUGAGGCAUAUUGAUUGGUCGAUCGUAGCAAGUGAUUUCCUGCUGGAAAUUAGCAGAACGGAGAACUUUUUUACAACCCACGAAUCAAGUCUCUAUCUGUUGUUGCAGACAUUGUACAGCUCUGGUAUAUCACUUGGUCCAUACACAGACCAUUUUCCGAGCCUUCGCCAAACUUACUCACACAUGCUUAAUGAUAUGGUCAUAGCGGGCUUAAUUGAGGCAUACGAAGAAGAAUUUUACCCAGUUACUGCGUCUGGAGUUUGUACCAAGUUUCUAAGGUCAGAUGCUUGCGUGGGCACAGAUAACUAUUACCAUACAACAAUGGAGGUUGAAAAGACAUGGGAGGAAUUACGAAGUGCUGUAUUUAGCCCAUCUACCCAACAAACCAACAUCUAUGAAAGACAAAUUCAUGAGGUGGAAAAAGAAAACAAAUUGCACUAUCAAAAUCAAGGUUUUAUGCAACAGACAGUUGAAAAUUUUCAUGUUGAAGAGGAAAGCAAAUCUCAAAGGAAGUUUGUUGAGGAAGAAAGCAAGUCUCAUAAACGAAAAGGGAAACCUCGCCGAAAAGGGGCAUCAACAAGGUCACCAGAGAGAGAAGCCGUCAUGGAGAAAAAUGUCAAAAUCUCCCCAAGGAGAGGAAAGAGAUCAAUUCAUGUCCAGGAGGUUGUGGAUGAAGAAAGGGACAGGGGAUCAUCCAGGAAAAGACGUAGAUUUUCUAGAAGAGGAAGAAGAUCUGUGAAGAGAGAACCAGAGCCUGUUUCAGAGAGUGACGAAGAUGAGGCAGAAGGAGAGGAAGAGGAGCAGCAAACAAAAGCUGCAGAAAAUCCAGAGGAUGAAAACGAGGAGGAAAAUGAAAAUAUUGUUAAUGAAGACCAGGAAGAGGAUGAGAAUGAAGAAGAAGAAAAAGAUGAAGAAGAUGAGAAUGAUGGAGAGGAAGAUCAGGAAGAUGGGGAGGAAGAAGACAAUCUCGGUAACACAGGUGCAGAUUACGAGGAUCCAGAAAUGCUGGCUGAAUCGGAAGAAGAAUGGGUUCCUGAGGAAGAAAGAAAACCAGAAACCAAAGAAAGAAGUAUCAGGAGAUCCAGCAGACCAGCCAAGCCUUCCAGUCGGGCCCAGAAGAAGAAAUACCCGAGGCUAGGACCGUCGAGGCUAGCAUCGAUACAUCCUAGUAGAAAGAAAAUCCAAAACAAGGCAACAAUACAGUGUGACCUUUGUGAAUAUGAAACAGACACUAAAGCAAGACUUGAAACUCAUGUAAAGCGUAUUCAUGAAUGUCACAUGACCUACAAAUGCAUGCUCUGUAACUACUCAACAAAAUGGAACAAAGGAUUUACUGAUCACCUGAAAAAAGCCCAUUUCCGAGGUCCUCCAUUUAAAUGUUUAGAAUGUGACUUUACUGACAAGAAGCUGCAUGUAGUCCUGGCACAUAGAAGUAAGCAUGUUGUGGAUCGCCCGCAUGCUUGUGAUUUCUGUGAUCAGCGGUUCAAAACCAGAAACAAUGCGCUGGCUCACAUAAAAGUUCAUUCAGGACUGAGGCCAUUUGAGUGUGAUAUUUGCCACAGAACUUUUGCCACAAAGAACACAAUGGAGCAACACAUGGUGACACACAGCAGUGACAGGCCUUACUUGUGUGAUCAGUGUGGCUUCUCCUCAAAGUUCCAGUCUCACCUCAUCUCUCAUAAACGAAUACACACAGGUGAUCUGUAUCCAUGCAGCUAUCCACAGUGUACCUACAGAACUCCAAAGAAAAGUCAGUUGAAAUGUCACAUGAAGAGCCACCUCAAUAUCCGCCAACACAUUUGCACCACAUGUAACAAAGCCUUCAUUGAGAAAAGCCAUCUAGUCCGACACCAAAAAAUCCACCUGAACGAAAAACCCUACCAAUGUCAAGAAUGUGACUACAAGACAACUCGCCCUGAUAAGAUGAAGGAGCACUUUGCAAAGCAUCAUGGUCCAGAGCCUUCGGUGAAAACGCCAUACAAACAGAGGAAGCCACGAACCCGUAAGGUUAAGCAUGCACCACCUUCGUUCCCGCAUUUCGAUCAUGCUGCCUACACAAUGCCCCCCGCUCAAGUACAGGGUCAGGGUGAUCACGGAGCGUACACCAUUCAGGACAAAGAUCCUCCAAGGCAGUCGGAUUUCAAUUCCUUCAUUCAAGACAUUCGCAUGCAUCUUGCCGAGAACAGCAAUGGCGGAAAUAUGGAAGGCAUGACAAUUGUCAAUGUUCCCAUCAUGGCUGACCAGAUAGUAGAUGCUGCUGUGGGGAACAAUAGAUUGAACAUUGCUGAUGCCCCACAGAAUUCUGCCCCUACUUCCACUGCAAUGACGAUAAUUCAUGAUGAACACCAGGCAUAUGUAGCUCACCACAGCAUACAGCAACCAAAUACCACUUUACAACAAAACAUGGUGCAAGGCCAGAACCAGGACUAUGGGGGACUUGGUGCUUUCAUGGCACUGUUUUAGGACACUGAUUGUAUGAAACUUUUUUUUUAAAUAAAGGAAUGUCAUUAACUCCACCCAUUUUUUACCUCCCGUAUACCUCCUUAAAAAAUUGAAGGAAAAAACCUUGGAGCUAGUCAUUUCAUCAUGAAAUUAACUAACAAAUCAAGUACAUUGUAUUGGCACAUAAAAAUAUAGUUUUUCAUGAUCAGCAUUUGUAUAUGAAUUUGAUAUCAUGUUUGUAAUUGGUUGUAUAUUUAUUUGUUUAUGUAUGCAAUAUUCAUACAUGACCUACCAUAGUAUUUAAUUAUUAAAUAUA